AGUUUAAUGUUUCACUGUUGGCUAUUCUGAAAUGUAUCACGCCUUGCGUGACAGGUUAUUGGCAGUUGUUUUUCUUAAAUAAAGUUUAUAAUUUUAAAGGAACCAUGGAAGCCUACGAUGUAAUUGUUAAUCAACCUGUUGUUAUUGAUAAUGGUUCUGGAAUCAUCAAGGCGGGAUUCGCAGGAGAUCAAACUCCAAAAUGUCGUUUCCCAAAUUACAUUGGCCGGCCGAAGCACGUGCGCGUGAUGGCGGGGGCGCUGGAGGGAGACCUGUUCGUGGGCCCGAAGGCGGAGGAACACCGAGGCCUGCUCAGCAUCCGCUACCCCAUGGAGCACGGGGUCGUCACGGACUGGAAUGACAUGGAGCGCAUCUGGCAGUACAUCUACAGCAAAGAUCAGCUGCAGACAUUCUCUGAAGAGCAUCCUGUAUUAUUAACGGAGGCACCCUUAAAUCCUCGAAGGAACAAGGAGAAAGCAGCGGAGGUGUUUUUUGAAUCAUUCAAUGUUCCAGCUCUCUUUGUUUCAAUACAGGCAGUCCUUAGCUUAUAUGCGACAGGAAGGACCACGGGCGUUGUACUGGACUCGGGUGACGGUGUGACGCAUGCCGUCCCGAUCUACGAGGGUUUCGCCAUGCCUCACAGCAUCAUGCGAGUGGACAUCGCAGGCCGAGAUGUGUCCCGAUACCUCAAGCUUCUUUUGCGGAAAGAAGGAGUCAACUUUCGCACAACGUCUGAGUUUGAGAUUGUUCGCACCAUCAAGGAGAGGGCUUGCUACCUGGCAAACAACCCACAGAAGGAAGAAACGGUUGAAACAGAAAAGUUCCAUUACAUCCUGCCAGAUGGCAGUGCUUUAGAGAUAGGCCCAGCACGUUUCCGAGCGCCGGAGGUUUUAUUCCGGCCGGAUUUAAUUGGGGAAGAGUACGAAGGUCUUCACGAGGUGCUGCUUUUUGCCAUCCAGAAAUCUGACCUAGAUCUGAGGAAAGUGCUGUACCAGAACAUUGUUCUCUCCGGAGGUUCGACUCUCUUCAAGGGCUUUGGAGAUCGGCUGUUGGCAGAAAUAAGAAAGAUGGCUCCUAAAGACAUUAAAAUCAGGAUAUCAGCUCCCCAGGAACGACUGUACUCCACCUGGAUCGGUGGUUCCAUCCUUGCCUCGCUGGACACGUUCAAGAAGAUGUGGGUGUCGAAGCGAGAGUAUGACGAGGAAGGCCAGCGAGCGAUCCACCGGAAGACGUUCUGAGCUGGGCAGUUCUCCAAGACUGUUGGCAGGCACUAGCGCGGGCAGCUGAUUGUGCGGGUAUAGUGACACUGGCGAUUCGCGCGCAACAAAACACCAGUGCUCUGAAGUAACAUCGUAAUCAUUUGCCUUAAUCGUAAUUUAACUUAUUUUUACGUUGACGAUUUAUUUUUUUAAACUGUCGCUACUAAAGCUUAGGGUAUCAGUAUUUUCUUAAAGAGGUUGUAUUUAAAGAUGCUUCUCACCAAAAUGAUCGUGCAGUGAAAUGCAACAUAUCUCUGUGAUGUAACCCUUCUUCAUGUUGCAUUUCAGUUCUUACAUUUCAGUUUUGCACCGGAUGUAUGUGCUGCCACUUUUCAGUUUGUUAGCACAAGCAUGAACGUAGUAAUUGUGCUGGUGACCGGUUGAAUUUGCAUUGUUUUGUGUGAGCAUUUGCAGUUCAUUGGUACCAACAUACUGGAAUGAAGAAGUAAUCAGUGUUUUAUAUGUAAGUGCCAAUGUUUUUUAUGUUUUGCCUGUAAAGUUUUUAAUAUUUUUUUGUAAAUUCUUAUAUCAUUAAGCAUGAGUAUUUGUAUCAUAAAUGUAAUAGUUAUUUCUCAUGCUUUCCAUCGUGAUAACAAUAAACCAAAAUAAAAAAUAAAAAGUAGUUAUCACAGUGCUGAACAUGUAAAGAUAUAAAUUUGUGUGUUUUUCAUCAGAUUGUUAGAAAUUGCUUUAUUUAUUUUAAAGGCAUUGCUAAAUUAUUUUUAAAACAAUGCCGGCUAUGUUUAAAUAAAUAUAAACUUUUGAACAGGAUGCACAUUGUACAUAUUAAUUGAUAACAAUCUCUGCUUUUAAGUAAUGAGUAAAACACACGGUUUAACCUAUAAUAAUAUUACUGAAUAUGUAUAACUUCUGAUAACUGUAAUAAGGAGCUUAUAAACUCAACUUUGUUGGUAAGACUUAAACGAACAAAGUGCAGUGUUUUAUGAGCUCAACCUAUGUCCCAAGUUGAAAAAUUAAAUUAAAGAUGUUUUAUUAAAAAAAUUAUAAAUAUAAAUGUUUUCUUAAGAAUGUUUUACAUAUUUUGCUUUCAAUACCAUAUCACUACAUACACUAAACAUCCAUUUAUUCUUUGUUAGGAUGAUAAUUUUGGGAAGUUCUGAAAAAUUAAUAUACAUAAUUUAUUAGUGGUAUCAACAUGCAGGGGUAGUAAAAUAACAUGUAUGAUAUGAAUUUCUCAAAUAGUGCUUAAAAUAAGUGCAGUUGUGCAAGUUGUUCUAACUAGAGCUGUGUCGAUACAAAUCAGCAGAAACCGAUUUUGCCGAUGCGUUUCUGAUGAUUCACGAUACACUAGUUAAUUUUAGGCAGAUGUUAUUGAAAAAUAAAAGUGUCUAUCUCAACCAAAAUAUCCACCAGUACCCUUUUUCACUUUUUGCACUACUACACUUUGAAUUUGCAUCAUUUCUUAGCUAUGUGUGUCAGCUGUACACAUCAGACAUAAACAUUCUAGGUUUUAAUAACGUUCUUGAAUCUAAUACAUCGGAAAUAAAUAUCACCAACAUGGUAAAGUUAUAUAAGAACAAAAACUUGCUUUAUUUAAUGCAUGGCUACCACUACAAACAAUGGAAAAUACCAACUGCUUGAACUGCAAAGAAAUGUUUGUAAUAUCUUGAUGGAGAUAGUUUUUAAUUAACUUAUGUAAAGUUUUUAAAAUUGAAUAAAAAAAAAUAACCAAAAAACAUAGGACAUCACAUAAAUGUAAAUUACUUUUACUCUUUCCUGUGCAUAGCGACCACAUUAAACACAUUUCCGUAUAAAUGUUUGGUACUGUAAAUUUUUUGCCACCGCAUGCGUUAAGAUGGUGUUGAGAUUUCUGUUCUUUAAUUGUAAAAACGUUCAAAGUAUCUCUAUUUUGCACAUUUUAAAUUCGUUUUUUAAAUUUCAUAUUUUGUGAAUGAAUAUAUUUCAUAGAUACCUAUUAUCAAAAAAUCUUAUUUUUAAUAAUUAUGUUUUAAAUAAUUAAAUUUUCCAGCCUCCAUUAGUAAAGUCAUGUUUCAAUAAGCAACUAACAGGUCGUCAACAAACAAGCAAGCUAAAAGUAUGAUUAAAAAAAAAAGAGGUUCUGUUCUGUUUAUAAACUAAAAUACAUGUGUAUUUUGCAUUGCAUGCUUUUCCUAGAAUGAG